AGGAAUAUUUCAGCCUUCAGAAGCAACCUUCAGCAGACAGAGAGGAUCUACGAUCAGAUGUCAGGGAAACUGAAUGAUGCAGAACGUUACCGAUGAUGUUUGAUCCGGACACUGACGCGCAUUAACGCUGAUGACAGAGUGGGAGGAUUGAAUGGCAGGAAGAUCCCGGAGCGCAGAGCUGCGUCAAUAAAUAAUCUACAGACCAUGAACUAUGUGGGUCAGCUGGCGGGCCAGGUGUUUGUGCAGGUCAAGGAGCUGUACAGGGGGCUCAACCCUGCAACGCUGUCUGGAUGCAUUGAUGUCAUUGUGGUCCGGCAGCCUGACGGCUCGCUGCAGUGCUCCCCGUUUCACGUCCGCUUCGGAAAGAUGGGUGUGCUGCGGUCCCGUGAGAAAGUGGUGGACAUAGAGAUUAAUGGAGAGCCGGUUAGUUUGCACAUGAAGCUGGGAGAGAAUGGAGAGGCUUUCUUCGUCACAGAGACUGAGGACACGCUGGAAGUGGUACCAGCCUACCUUGCAACUUCACCCAUCAUGACAGUGGGGGAGGAGUUAAUGCAGACCGAACUGGGCAGGGGUGCUUCUCACCAUCAUGACAACACCCCCUGCAGCACACUUCCUGUCCAGAGCCUGGGGCCGCAAGAUGGAGCGACAUCGAAGAAAAGGAGGAGGAGGAGGAGGAAGGCAAGGCCAGAAGGAGGAGGGGGAGCAGGGGGGAGAAGAGAGGACAGUGGGGAGGAGUUCUCAGAGGAUGAAGACAUGUUUACUAUUGAUCUGAGUUCGGAUGAGGAGAAAGACGGGGACAGCAGCAGACCAGCUUACAAUGAUCUGGAUCCUACAACCAACAGCAAUUCAUACCACAUGACCGAGUGGACUGAAUCACAGAGUAAUGUGAUUAAGAAGACUCUCUCCAUCCAUCCAUCCUUUGGUCUGUCCAUCUCUUGUCCUCAGAGCACGUCUCGCUGUUCUUCCCUUGCGGGCAGUCCAGAUGACUCGGCAUCAUCAACACCGAAGAGUGACUCAGAACUGACCAAUCAGACGAAUCCUGAAAUGCUGUGGACCUGGGGGGAGCUGCCACAGGCUGCACAGCCAUCCUUUCUUGCUUCUCACCAGAAGCAGGACUCAGCUGCAGCCGUCUCCAUCCCACUGACUGCAAGCAGCCACUUCAGAGCCAUCACGGACACGGGGUCAGCCCCGGAGGGUCCCUGUGGCUUAGAGUCAGCCCAGACCACUGCUGCUGACGGGACAAUGGACAUAGAAGGAAACAGCUGUGAGCCAUGGCUGAAGUUACAGAUUACAUCUGAGCAGAACUCUGGAGAAGAAAAUGUCAAAGAGGCUGAGAAUGUUGGCCCGUCAUCUAUGGAGGUGGAGACAGCUUGUUCGAUGUCUCCAAAGUCUCUCCCCGGUCAUCUAACUGAAGAAAGUUACAGAGAAAGUCCUGUCAGAAAUACUGAUUCGCCAUCGAAGAGGAAAGGUAAAAAAAGAAGCCAGCAUCUGGGGGCUGAUGGUGUUUAUCUGGAUGACAUUACGGACCUGGAGCCUGAAGUUGCUGCACUCUACUUCCCAAAAAGUGAUGGAGGAGGCAGCUCUACGAGGGGGGACUCAGAGAUUAUGAUGGACGUGAGGAGCACCAACCAGUCUCCUCAGUCAGUGGGCAGCAGCGGCGUGGACAGCGGAGUGGACAGUUUGUUGGACCAGAUAGCCGACCUGCCUCAUGUUGCCAUCUCUUUGUGCGGAGGACUGUCAGACAACAAGGAGAUCACGAAAGAGCAAUUCCUGGAUAGAGCAGUUUCUUACCAGCAGUUCUCAGAGAACCCGUCUAUUAUAGAUGAUCCUAACCUGGUGGUCAAAGUUGGAAACAAGUACUACAACUGGACCACGGCUGCUCCUGUUAUGCUGGCUAUGCAGGUCUACCAGAAACCCCUGCCACAGUGCUGGUGUCUGAGUUAUGUUUUUUCUGUUUUUGGCCUCUUCUCAUACUGCUUCCCCGGUCUGUUUGGCUCCACCACUUCAGAGCCUGCCUCAGUGGAGAAUAUCAUGAAGGAAAAGAUGCCUAAGAAAGGAGGACGCUGGUGGUUUUCAUGGAGACGGAGGAACAGUGACUCUAAGUCGGAAACAGCUGCAGAAACGGGAGACAGAGAAGAUGGCUCGCUUACUUUGACCUCAGAGAACGGUUUGAAAGAUGACUCCUCUUCAAGCGAUGAGGACCACACAUCAUGCAAUCAGAUGUCAGAAUCCUUUCAGCCGGAGCCUGUUUUAAACUCCGCCGCCGGUGUGUGUUAUAAGAAGACUCUACGGCUUACUUCAGACCAGCUGGUUAGCCUGCAGUUAAAGGAAGGGCCCAAUGAAGUGGUGUUUAGCGUAACCACUCAGUAUCAAGGCACGUGCCGCUGUCAUGGCACAAUCUAUCUUUGGAGCUGGGAUGACAAGAUUAUCAUCUCAGAUAUAGAUGGAACCAUCACCAGGUCUGACACUCUUGGCCACAUCCUUCCCACUCUGGGUAAAGACUGGACCCACCAGGGUAUUGCACGGCUCUACCACAGAGUCAGCCUAAACGGGUAUAAAUUUAUGUAUUGCUCAGCUAGAGCGAUUGGCAUGGCUGGGAUGACGAGGGGCUACCUGCACUGGGUUAAUGAAAGAGGAACCAUGCUGCCUCUGGGCCCGGUUCUGCUCAGCCCCAGUAGCCUCUUCUCUGCCUUUCACAGGGAGAUUAUUGAAAAGAAACCAGAAUUGUUCAAGAUUGAGUGUCUGACGGACAUCAAGCAUCUUUUCUACCCGAACACUGAACCUUUUUAUGCCGCCUUUGGGAACAGAGCCACGGAUGUGUAUUCGUACAAGGAAGUCGGCAUUCCUUUGAACAGGAUUUUCACUGUCAACCCAAAAGGAGAGCUAAUACAGGAGCAUGCCAAAACAAACAUUUCCUCAUUUGGACGCCUGUGUGAGAUGGUCGACCACGUGUUCCCAGUCCUGCUUCAAAAUGAGGAAGCAGACGUCCCCUCCUCUGACAGUUUUGAUCAAAACACUGACUGGAGGAAACAGUUGCCUGAUAGUAGUAGUCAUGAGGAGGAUGAAUCCCAGCCUAUUGAGGCAAACUGAAGAAGAAAAAAAACAUCGGAUAAAGAAUCUUCAAGACUGCAGCUUUGGCUUGUCCUGUUCAUGAUGACAGUAUCACAGGUUCACAUCUGAGCUCAGAGGUGAACAUUAUGCUACCAAAAACUGAGAUGGAAAAACGGCCUGAGGAUGUGUCUCUAAAAAUGGACGAUGAAAACAGGUCCUCCGCUAAAAGGUUACCCUUAAAUAGGUAAUUGUGACUUCUCGUGUAAAAUAAAUGAAUGUAUGUAUAACCAUGUAAACAGAAUAACUAAAUAAGUACAAAGUGGAAAUAAUAAUUAAGGGAAAAGAGGGACUCAUUUUCAGGAAAAAUAAUUGUGGAAAAGGAAAGUUUUGGGAAAAAAAGACAGAAAAAUGAACCUGAUACAUUUCAACAAAAGGUUGAGAUUUCCUCAUAAAGUAAAAUUAACACAUGGUUUAAAGCACAUAUGUAAAAGUGUACCAUCCCACACAUACACCACACUGCAGGAAAAUGUUUCCCUGCUCUUUUUUUCAGUCCCACAGACCUUUUCAUUUAGACUAACAGCAACAACCAAUACAGCUGAAUAAUAAAACUACAUUUCCUAUUUAUAAUGUAAUACGUAAGUUUAGGUUUUUAUGCAGUAUCUAUUUCUAUGUCUUCUUCAGGAAAGAAUUUUGAUAUUUCUACUCAACACUGGCAACUUACCACCAAAUGUUAUGCAGACACAAAAUGCAGUUUAGUAUGAUCUCAUGCACAUGUGAAUCUUCUAGACCUCUUAAACACAGCAUUACAUGACAGCCAUCCACGUUAUGCAAAAAAAAAAAAAAAAAAAAAAAUGAACCCAGGUAUUGUUUUCUAUGACAACAAAUUCCUCUGCAAGUGCGACAAAAUAUUUUGACCGUGCUACUGUGACAAAUUUGUCUAGUUUUCUGUUAUUGUGUUCAAGAUAAAUGCAGGACAAUGCAAACAAUGUUGUGUAACGUGGUAACUUGUGAGAAUGUAAUAUAUAAAUUACACAAUAUUCUAAUAACUAAUGUUGAUCAAUGCAAUUUUUUAUGUUUAUGUAGGACUGAGUAAAUGCAGAGUUUUGUAAUGCUCUGUACAUAGGCAGAUGAGUAAAACCAUGUAUGACGCUUACCCAUCCUGUUAUUGUAAAAACAAAAAACAGUGUAUAUUUUUGUGUCAACAUUUCUUUUCCGUUCUUUAUUUUGUAUGUAUGUGAUGCAGAAGCCUUGCUUCGUGUGUAGCUCUAACAGGGAGAAAACCACUGUAAAUAAUGUAAAUGUUGUUUGGUAGACAAAGUUACAAAAGAUUUUGAGAUGUUGUGCACCAUGCAGCAUUUUUCCUUUUAUUGUAUGUUUGUCUUUUAACUGGUUCUCAUUCAAAAGCAGCUAUUUAGUACAAUGUUGAAGCCAUUUUUGAGUAAAGCUGCAGUGUUUUAACAAAUGUUUUGACAUUUCCAAUUAGUUCCUCUGGCCUCUAGUUAUACAUUUGGUUGACUGAAAUGUCCCAGCAUAUUUCUUUUACCUUCCUUUAUAAAUCAACUUUAUAAAAAGAAUCACAGUAUAUAUUUUUUUUGCUUUUACAUUUAUUACUAUUGUUUAGUAAAAGACUAGAAAGGAUCCAAUGGGCCUCCCAGCUGAUCAUGAUUAUGUUGUGUUGUAGUUUAGUAAUUGUACGAGCUGCUUUAGGUCUGGUGCUGUAUUAAUCAGGAAUUUACCCUUUAAGUUAAAUGAGAUAUUAAGUAUCAAAGAGGCAUAUGUUGUAUGAGCUGUUGAAUUGUUAAAGAUCAAAUAAUAAUCACAUUUUAGAGAUCUGCUUUACUUUUAGGAAGUGGAAGAACUUAAUUAAAUCAGUGAUUACAACGUCUUCUCAAAUUAUUCUGUAAUUGUUAUGUUUUAAUUCUUUCUGUGAAAGAUUAUUUAAAAAUACUUAAAACACCUUUUCGGUCUCUCUUUAUUCCCAGUUAACUUGAUCACAUGUAAAGAUUGCAGUUUUUAAAGGAAACAGUGGUUUUACUCAGUGUUUCGUGAAAACUGUUCUUUGCAAUCCAAUCUAAAAUGCAGAAUAAACAAUUUUCAGAAAACUA